AAUAGUAUCAUUACUUGUAUUUUUUAAGGAAUAUCACUACUUGUAUUUUCUUUGCUCCCAAUAACCAGAAUAUUUUCUCAUUUCAUCUUCAAUAUGUCGAGCACAUCACAAAUUAUUACAUGCAAAGCUGCAAUAUGUUGGGGGCUAGGAAAAGCAGUGACAAUAGAAGAUAUACAAGUAGAUCCACCAAAGUCAAAAGAAGUUCGAGUUAAGAUGCUUUGUGCUAGUCUCUGCCACACAGAUUUCUCAAGCACUCAAGGAUUUCCACAUAAUAAAUUCCCCCUAGCACUUGGGCAUGAAGGAGUUGGUGUUAUAGAGAGUGUUGGUGAUGAAGUGACAAAUAUGAAAGAAGGUGAUAUUAUAAUUCCAACAUAUGUAGGGGAGUGUCAAGAAUGUGUGAAUUGUGUUUCAAGAAAAACCAAUCUUUGUCUUACAUACCCUGUGAGAUUCACCGGUCUAAUGCCCGAUAACACUUCAAGAUUGUCCGUUCGAGGCCAAAGACUAUAUCAUGUUUUGAGUUGUGCUACAUGGUCGGAGUAUGUCGUUGUUGAUGUCAACUACCUUCUCAAAGUCGAUCCAACCAUUAAUCUAGCUUAUGCAAGUUUCAUCUCAUGUGGGUUUUCAACUGGUUAUGGUGCUGCUUGGAAGGAAGCCAAGGUUAAAAGUGGUUCAAGUGUUGCUGUGUUUGGUCUUGGAGCUGUUGGCUUAGGGGUCAUAGGUGGAGCCAAAAUGAUGGGAGCAAGUAAAAUAAUUGGGGUUGAUAAAAAUGAGAUGAAGAGAGAAAAAGGAGAAGCUUUCGGAAUGACCCACUUUAUAAAUCCAAGUGGUUCAUAUAAGUCUGCUUCUGAUUUGGUUAAAGAACUAAGUGGUGGAAUGGGUGUCGAUUAUUCCUUCGAGUGCACUGGAGUUCCUUCUUUACUUAAUGUAUCCGUUGAAGCCACGAAAUUAGGAACAGGUAAAACAAUAGCUAUUGGUUCAGGAGUUGAAAAUAUUGUACCAUUUGAUCUUAUUGCCAUUCUAUUUGGUAGAACAUUGAAAGGUUCUGUUUUCGGAGGACUGAAAACCGCAUCGGACCUUCCCAUCAUAGCUGACAAAUGUCAGAAUGAGGAAUUCCCUCUUCAAGAACUGUUCACCCAUGAGGUACCAUUGGCAGAUAUAAACAAAGCAUUUGAGAUAAUGAAGCAACCUAAUUGUGUGAAAGUUGUAAUCAAGAUGUGAAAUCUUUUAGUUUGUAUUAAAUUUUUCUUUGAUGGACUAUGUUCAUUUCAGAGGAAGGUUAUUUCAUUUCAUUACAUUGCAUUUGUAGCCAUGUUCCCUGUGGUGGUUCUCUCAGCUUGUGUUGGAAACUCAGAAGUAAAACAGCAAUACAUACCAAUAAAUAACCACUGUUUUUAAUA